UUUCGGGCACAGCGGACGCUUAGAUUUUGAUUUGCCAUGCAGCUGAUCUAUCGCGAACUAGAGGCGGACAUUGUCCGGCGUACGAAUGCCGUCUUCCCCGCCCAGAAUUGCUUUGUGGAGGUGCUACCCGACCAACUGAUCAUACCAAGGAAGUACAUGGAGCUGGGUGAAUCCAUCCGUUCGCUUCCCGUCUUCGAGGACGAUGUGUGGAUGGUGUCCUAUCCACGUACUGGCUCGACUUGGGCACAGGAGAUGGUCUGGCUGCUGGGUCAUAAGCUAGACUAUGUGGCUGCCGAGCAGGACUUGCGUUUGCGCUCUCCACUGAUCGAGCUAUCUGCUUUGUUCAGUACUGAUCACCAUGAGACGGUGGCUCAAACGUUUGGAAAUACCGUAGAUUUGGUUCGCAAUCUGCCACGCCCCCGUUUCGCCCGUUCGCAUCUGUCAUGGCAACUGCUACCCGAGGAAUUCGAGACGGUGAAACCUCGAAUUGUGUACACCGCUCGCAACCCCAAGGAUCUGUGCGUGUCCUAUUAUCACUACUGCAAGUUGCUCCACGGCAUUAAUGGGGACUUUGAGCAGUUUGUGGAUCUCUUCCUGGAGGGACACACUCCGAUGGGCUCCUACUGGAAGCAUGUGCUGCCAUUUUGGAAGCGGAGCCAGGGGGAGAAUGUGCUGUUCAUCAAGUACGAGGACAUGAUCAAGGAUCUGCCACGAGUGGUGCGUAGCUGCGCCCGGUUCCUGGGCGUCGAGAGUCUCCUGACUGCUUCCAGCCAGCAGCAGCUGUGCGAACAUCUCACCUUUGACAAGAUGAGGGCCAAUAAGGCGGUGAAUCUGGAGAAGCUGCUGCCGGAGUCAUCGUCCAAGUUUAUAAGAAAUGGCAAAAUUGGAGAUUGGCGAAAUCACAUGGGAAAUGAGAUGUCCGAACGAUUUGAUGCCUGGACGGAGAAGCAUGUCCGCGGGGCCGGUUUAACUUUUGAUUACGAGUGAAUUUUAUUUGUUUUAAAUGUUUGUAUUUUAAAUAAAACGUAUUUUUGUUGUUUUUCGU